AUGGCAACCAGAUAUGGUUGCACCGUCUACACAGACGUGCAUCCUCGACUGGCUCACGCGCAGAGACGACGCCGGCGACAGCAAGGUAACCCUCUGAUAAAACAACUCAUAUCUAGUUGGACAUACUGCCCUCUGGAUCUUUUGAGUCUGAUCGUUGCGCCUGAAGGCGAAGGACCCCUUAGGAGAAGCAGGGGACACGGCCGCCUGAUGCGGCGGCUGGAGGCGGAGAUGCGGGACUUGCGAGAGCUGCGAGAGCUGCGGGAGGAGCUGCGGACGCCGCGUCUUGGGGGGCCUGAAGUUCGGUUGGCAAUUCCAACAUUUUCUGGCAAUCUCUUCAGCUUUUCAUAG